AUGGCGCCAAGGAGGAACGCGCGCUGCUGGCGCCUACUGUGGCUGCUUUCGGUCUCCGCGCUUCUCCCCGCUGUCACCCGGACCCGCUCCGCGACAGAGUUGGCUUCCCAGGGCCACCUGGACCUCACGGAGCUCAUCGGUGUCCCAUUGCCCUCAUCUGUGUCCUUUGUCACGGGCUAUGGUGGCUUCCCAGCCUACAGCUUCGGGCCUGGUGCCAACGUCGGCCGCCCGGCCAGGACCCUCAUCCCACCUGCCUUCUUCAGGGACUUUGCCAUCAGUGUCACGGUGAAGCCCAGCAGUGACAGAGGCGGCGUACUCUUUGCUGUCACCGAUGCCUUCCAGAAGAUCAUCUACCUGGGCCUGCGGCUCUCGGGCGUGGAGGAUGGCCGCCAGCGGGUCAUCCUCUACUACACGGAGCCAGGCUCCCACGUGUCUCACGAGGCUGCUGCCUUCCUGGUGCCCGUGAUGACCCACAGGUGGACCCGCUUUGCGGUGGUUGUCCAGGGCGAGGAGGUGAUGCUCCUCGUGGACUGCGAGGAGCACAGCCACGUCCCCUUCCAGCGGUCCUCCCAGCCCUUGGCUUUUGAGCCCAGUGCAGGAAUCUUUGUGGGCAAUGCAGGAGCAACGGGGCUGGAGAGAUUCACCGGCUCCAUACAGCAGCUCACCGUCCACCCUGACCCCAGAAUCCCCGAGGAGAUGUGUGAAGCCGAAGAAUCCUCGGCUUCAGGAGAAGCCAGCGGGCUUCUGGAAACAGAGGGCGUCGCUGAGAUCUUGGAAGCUGUCACCUACACUCAAGCCCCGUCUAAAGAAGCAGAAGUUGAACCCAUAAACACACCUCCAACUCCAUCGCCUCCUUCUGAGGAUGCGGAGCUUUCUGGCGAGCCUGUACCUGAGGGGACUCCGGAAACCACCGACUUGAGUGUCGUCGUGCACAGAAGCCCUGAGCAAGGGUCUGGUGAGGUCCUGAAUGACACACUGGAGGGAGUUCAUACUAUGGACGGUGCCCCCAUUACAGAUGUUGGCUCUGGGGAUGGGGCCUUCAUUCAUGUCUCUGAAGAGGUGAGUUUGGCAGCCACAGCAGCAGUCGGGGAGGCUGAGGUGCCCACCAGCACUGCCAGGGAAGCAGAGACCAGCGGUGUGCCCACUGGGGGGCCAGCCCUCUCCUUGUCCACUGAGGUCAUGGGGGAAGGGGUCACUCUGGGUGCAGAUGCUGAAGAAGGCUCGGCAGCCGCUGCAGCUGGGGAGGCCGAGGUGCCCGGGAGCACCGCCGGGGAAGUGGAGGCUGGCAGUGUACCCAUGGGGGGAGCCACCCUCUCCACGGCCAUCCAGGACGCCGGGGAAGGGGUGACACGGGGUGCAGUCGGUGAAGGAAUGUUCACAACACCAGCAGCUGCAGCAGAAGUGCCCCUCAGCACUUCUGAGGAAGAGGAGACUCGCAGGCUCCCCACAGGUGGCCUGGUUCCCCCUACACCCACAGCGGCCCCUGAGCAAGCAGUCGCUUCUGGUUCUGGUGAUGAGGAGGACCUGGCAGCAGCCGCAAGAGAGGAGUCCCUGUCUGGGACUGUGGCAGAAGAGCUGGACAGCAGUCCCCCUGAGGGGCCACCACUGCCCAUACCCACAGUGGCUUCUGAAAGAGGGGUCACUCCAUCUCAGAGAGGCCUUGUGGGAAGGAAAGGGCAGGUUGGGCCCCAAGCAGAAAAGGCCGAAGCUGGGGAGGGGCUUCCCGGCCCCCCUGAACCUGCCAGGCCCACCGGACCCACGGUGGGAGCUGAGGCCGAGGGCUCCGGCCCGGGCUGGGGCUCGGACGGCGGCUCUGGCUCUGGUGACCCGGUGCGCGGUGAGGAGCUGUUAAGAGGUCCCCCAGGCCCCCCGGGCCCACCUGGCUCACCUGGGAUUCCAGGAAAACCAGGAACUGAUGUUUUCAUGGGACCCCCUGGAUCGCCUGGACAGGAUGGAGCUGCUGGUGAACCUGGGCCCCCGGGCCCUGAGGGACAGCCUGGAGCUGAUGGAGCCUCCGGCCUUCCUGGGAUGAAGGGAGAGAAGGGCGCAAGAGGGCCCAAUGGCUCAGUCGGUGAAAAGGGCGACCCUGGCAACAGAGGCUUACCAGGACCUCCAGGGAAAAAUGGACAAGUUGGCUCUCCUGGGGUCAUGGGACCCCCUGGGCCUCCUGGACCUCCAGGGCCCCCAGGCCCUGGAUGUGCAGCGGGACUUGGGUUUGAGGAUACUGAAGGGUCUGGAAGCAUCAGGCUGUUACAUGAACCCAGAAUCUCCGGACCAGUGGCUCCGAGUGGUCCCAAAGGAGAAAAAGGAGACCAGGGACCCAAGGGUGACAGAGGCAUGGAUGGAGCCAGCAUUGUGGGACCCCCUGGACCCAGAGGGCCGCCCGGUCGCAUCGAGGUCUUGUCCAGUUCCUUGACCAACGUCACCCACAGGUUCAUGAAUCUCUCGGACGUCCCUGAGCUCAUUGGGCCUCCGGGUCCGGAGGGCGUACCUGGGCUGCCAGGAUUUCCAGGCCCUCGAGGACCAAAAGGUGACACCGGUGUGCCUGGAUUUCCAGGACUGAAAGGAGAACAGGGCGAGAAGGGAGAGCCAGGUGCCAUCCUGACAGGGGACAUUCCUCUGGAACGGCUGCAGGGGAGAAAGGGUGAACCUGGAGUGCAUGGAGCCCCGGGACCAAUGGGGCCCAAAGGACCACCGGGACACAAAGGAGAGUUCGGCCUUCCCGGACGACCUGGUCGCCCGGGACUGAAUGGCCUCAAGGGCGCCAAAGGAGACCGAGGGAUCAUGAUGCCGGGCCCACCUGGCUUACCUGGUCCUCCAGGGCCCCCAGGACCCCCUGGAGCUGUGAUUAACAUCAAAGGAGCUGUCUUCCCCAUACCAGUCCGGCCACACUGCAAAACGCCGGCUGACACCACUCAUCCUGGGAAUUCAGAGCUCAUCACCUUUCAUGGUGUUAAAGGGGAAAAAGGAUCCUGGGGUCUUCCGGGCUCGAAAGGAGAGAAAGGCGACCAGGGGGCCCAAGGACCACCAGGCCCUCCGGUGGAUCCGGCUUACCUAAGACACUUUCUGAACAGCUUGAAGGGGGAGAAUGGAGACUGGAGGAUCAAGGGAGAAAAAGGAGACUUUCACGGUGACUUCUCUGUGUCGGGGCCUCCAGGCCCGCCAGGAAGUCCUGGCUUGGUUGGCCAGAAAGGGGAGACUGUCAUUGGGCCCCAGGGACCCCCGGGGGCUCCUGGCCUGCCUGGGCCUCCUGGCUUUGGAAGACCUGGAUCCCCUGGGCCACCAGGACCCCCAGGGCCACCAGGACCACCAGCGAUCCUUGGAGCAGCUGUGGCCCUUCCGGGCCCACCCGGCCCUCCAGGACAGCCAGGGCUUCCCGGAUCCAGAAAUCUGGUUACGGCAUUUAGCACCAUGGAUGACAUGCUGCAGAAAGCACAUUUGGUCAUUGAAGGGACGUUCAUCUACCUGAGAGACAGCACUGAGUUCUUCAUUCGGGUCCGAGAUGGUUGGAAGAAAUUACAGCUAGGAGAACUGAUCCCCAUUCCCGCUGACAGCCCACCGCCCCCUGCGCUCUCCAGCAACCCACAUCAGCCACCACCUCCGCUGAUGCCGCUUUCAAGUGUCGGCUACGAGAGGCCUGCACUGCACUUGGUUGCUCUGAACACACCAUUCUCCGGAGACCUUCGAGCUGAUUUGCAGUGCUUCCAGCAGGCCAGGGCUGCAGGGCUGUUGUCCACCUACCGGGCCUUCUUAUCCUCCCAUCUGCAAGACCUCUCCACGGUUGUGAGGAAAGCAGAGAGAUACAGCCUUCCAAUAGUGAACCUCAAGGGCCAAGUACUUUUCAACAAUUGGGACUCAAUUUUUUCUGGCCACGGAGGUCAGUUCAAUACACACGUUCCAAUAUAUUCCUUUGAUGGCCGAGACGUGAUGAAGGAUCCUUCCUGGCCCCAGAAGGUCAUUUGGCAUGGCUCCAGCCCCCACGGAGUGCGUCUUGUGGAUAACUACUGUGAAGCGUGGCGGACGGCUGACAUGGCAGUCACGGGACUGGCCUCCCCACUGAGCACAGGGAAGAUUCUGGACCAGAAAACAUAUAGCUGUGCUAAUAGGCUCAUUGUUCUGUGUAUCGAAAACAGUUUCAUGACAGAUGCCAGGAAGUAA